GUUCCCGGGAAGUCGGAGGCGCCGCGCUCGUCACGCCGCCGGCUCCGACGAGGUAGACCUCACCUACCAAUCCCGCCUCUCUCUCUCUCUCUCUCUCUCUCUCUCUCUCUCUCUCUCUCUCUCUCCCAACAUCUCUCUACCCUCUCCUCCACCCCAUUCAUGCCUCCCGGUCCCUGCUCCCGACCUGCUUCCUAGAUUGGCGGGUCCGCUGAUCCCAUCCACCCCUCCUCGUCCGCUGCGCGGGCUGCAGUUCUCGAUUCUGUUCCUCUCUCUCUCUCUCUCUGAUGGAGGAUGGCGUAUCUACUUAUACUGUGGAUGAGGCACUUGUGUCCAUGGGGUUUGGGAAAUUCCAUGCAUUCGUGCUUGCAUACUCUGGGAUGGCUAAAAUCUCUGAAGCAAUGGAGAUGAUGCUUUUGUCAUUUGUUGGGCAAUCAGUUCAAGCUGAGUGGGGGCUUUCUGCACAUGAAGAAAGCCUCAUAACAAGUGUUGUCUUUGUGGGGAUGCUUGUAGGAGCAUAUGCUUGGGGCAUAGUUUCAGAUAACUAUGGAAGAAGGGUUGGGUUCAACUUCACAGCUAUUGUUACUGGAGGAGCUGGCCUUCUUAGCGCUUUUGCUCCAAAUUACUUAUCUUUGAUUGUACUGAGAUUUAUGGUCGGUGUUGGACUGGGUGGUGGGCCAGUUUUAGGUUCUUGGUUCCUAGAGUUCAUCCCUGCUCCUAACCGAGGAACAUGGAUGGUUAUGUUCUCAGCAUUUUGGACUGUUGGCACAAUAAUGGAAGCUUCUCUUGCUUGGGCCGUUAUGCCAGCUUUUGGCUGGAGGUGGCUGCUGGCACUCUCAUCAUUGCCAUCGUUUGCCCUGCUACUCUUCUACCCAGUGACACUUGAGUCACCAAGAUACCUAUGCAUGAAGGGUAGAAUAGCUGAAGCAGUUCAUGUUCUGGAAACAAUGUCACGCGUGAACUGUGUUUCUCUCCCCUCUGGCCGACUUGUCUCUGGCCAUCGGGUGGAACUUCAUGAUAUCGGGGAUUCUUCAGAAACGGCACAGUUGGUGACAUCUAAUAAGAAUAACACUGCUGAUCGUGGUAGCAAAUCCGAGAUUGGAGGCCUCAGUGCCAUCUUAAAGCUUCUAUCUCCAAACUUAAUCAGAUCGACUCUUCUACUCUGGACUGUCUUUCUUGGUCAUGCCUUUCUGUACUAUGGUCUUGUUCUACUCACAUCAGAACUAAAUCAUGGAAAUAGGAUCUGUGGAUCAGAAGAGGGGGCAGAAGUGACAACAACAGCCCACAUACAUGAUGAGAAUCUCUACAGAAAUGUAUUUAUAACAAGCUUUGGAGAGGUCCCUGGUCUUCUCCUGUCGGCUGCCAUUGUUGACAUGAUCGGGCGCAAGCUCUCGAUGUCUUCCAUGCUUUACAUCAGUUGCCUGUGCAUAUCUCCGCUUAUGUUCGCCCAGACGGAAUCGCUGACGACCAUCUUUUUGUUCUGUGCCCGGGUUUGCAUCUCUGCAAGCUUCACUGUUCUGCACAUCUACGCCCCUGAGAUAUACCCAACUGCUGUUAGGGCCACGGGUGUCGGGUUUGCAAGCUCGAUUGCUCGCUUUGGUGGAAUCCUGUGCCCUCUCGUGGCCGUCGGCCUGGUGCACGCGUGCCACCAGAUGGCAGCUAUCCUGAUAUUCAUCACGGUGAUGCUGGCUUCAGGCAUCGCCGUGUCAUACUUCCCCCUGGAAACAAGCGGCCGAAAGCUGAGCGACCACGUCGCCGCCGCGUAAGAGCUGAUUAAUUGAAGAACUGACUUUUUGAGAGGGAUACACCAAUACAGAAUCAAGGCCCAAGGGGCCAUUAUUUUUUUUGUUCAGUUGUUGACAAAGGAUACAGUGGGAAAGAAAGUGCAAAGGAGGCACUAGAUUGUUACGUUAUUAUACUGUUGCUUCUCAAUAGAAAUCUACAGAUCACUAUAUGAUUUUUGUUC